UCCUGCGUGGCAAACUGUAGCUUCCAAAUUGGGAAUACCCACAAGUUAUUAGUACUGUAUUAACUAUCCGAGGAAAAAACCCAAAAAAAAAAAACGACACAGAGAAAAAUGAAGAGUUUUCGAUGGAGUUUGAUCGUCACUCUAACGUUCUUAUCCCUUUCACCAUUUUUGUUUGGGAAGGGUAAUGGACCAGUACAUGUCCAAGCCUCUAACUCAGUUUCCGCUUUCGUUCAAAACGCAAUCUACUCCAACAGAAUCACCAUCUUCUCCAAAUCAUAUUGCCCGUAUUGUUUGCGCUCUAAACGUGUGUUUGCUGAACUCAAUGAGAAGCCUUUUGUGGUUGAGCUGGAUUUGCGAGAUGAUGGGUAUGAAAUUCAGGGUGUUCUUCUGGAUUUGAUUGGUAGAAGGACUGUUCCACAAGUUUUUGUCUAUGGCAAGCAUAUUGGUGGAUCAGAUGAUCUCAGUGCUGCCGUCCAGAGUGGUGAAUUACAGAAACUUCUCAAAGCAAGUUGAUUGUAUAAUAGAGACAGAGGAGCACUAGCAUCUAUAAUGUAUCUAUAAACGGGAACUCGCAUUUUCAUGGAUAAUGAAGGUUUCAAGCUUCUAGUGGAAGAACACAUUUUUGUGUUUUUUUAUAAUGUUUUUUUUUUUUGGGUAUUUACUAGGUGAUAAACAUGUAGUUGCAGAUAUGGUUCUGCUUAGAAUCUAAAAGAUUUCAUGUUAUCAUUUUGUUAGUUUUACAGCUUAAUAUUGCUCUAUUGGAUAAUAUGAUCAUGAAUGGUGGUCCUUUAGUUAUUGGAAUUUAUUUUGUUCA